CCGUGGGGCACUUUGUCUCCCUCUCAAAUUUUCCCUAGAGGCAUGGAAGCGCCGAACAACGCACAACAAUAUAAUAUGAGCUCAGAGCUAAAACAAGUUCAGGGAGCUUGGGACCGUAUCCGAGUCGCUAGUCCCAUAUAUGCCUUUCUUCUUAAUGAUAUCGAUAUCUACAAUGCCGAAAAAGGCGUGUUUCACUCUCGCAUUCAAGUCGCUCCUCACCACCUUAAUUCAAAGGGCACUUUGCAUGGUGUUUUUUCGGCCUGUGUCACUGACUGGGCAGGCGGAUUGGCAAUCGCUUCCUGUGGCCUCGACUCUACAGGGGUGAGCACAGAUAUUCAUGUCAAUUACCUUUCUACGGCGACCACUGGGGACUGGCUGGAGAUUGAGGGCCGGGCUAAUAAAGUGGGGAAGUCACUGGCUUUCACAUCAAUUACUAUCUCUAAAAGGACCGAGACUGGACAGACAACCAUUGUUGCACAUGGAACCCAUACAAAAUAUAUUAGAAUACGAUGAACUCGCCCGUGUGGGGAUGUACCAGGUCGUAUAAAUAUUGCAGGCACGAAAUCUACAAGGGCCAGGUGGCCUCGAAGAAAAAAGAUAGGGGAACAAAAUCUCCAUAGUUGCUCUGUUGAUUUUAUUAGUACCGCCAUCAUCUUUACAUCUGGCAUGAAACACAUGUACUUUGAAUGCCUAGAUUCACUCGGAUAGCGGAGAAUAAUCCCACUCUAUUGCUUUAGAUACCUUGUUUUUCGGCAGUGGAGCAAGGCAAUAACGAAUGGAGACAUUUUCAAUAACUUAUCACAAUUAC